AUUGUAGUAUCUAUACAAAGAAACGCCAUCUCGUACAUACUUUGUUUAUGGGUAAAUUCUGAAUUGCCAAGAUCCGAACUUGAAUUAUGUUCGUAUAUUUUCUUACGCAUCAAUUUGUGUUUAUAAGUAUAUGUUAAAAUAUCAGUACAUGCAAAUACAAUGGCAUCCUCGGUUAAAAUAACAGAUUGGACUCCUGAGUAUUAUAUAGCAAACAAAUCAGAUUGUAAUGUAGUUUUAGAAAGUGCAAAUGCUUUAAUGGAAAUUCCUAUGUUGAAUAGCCAACCUCUAGAUAACUUUAAAAAUCAACAGUUAAUCAGAUUCAGAGGAAUGAUUCAAGAUAUGCAUAAUCCAGAAUAUUACUUCAAACAAUACGAGGUGAAGAAUAUUCAAACUGAAAUGUUGGAAGUCAGGUGUGGAAUGUACACAGACUCUGUAAAAUGCUUGCCACAAGAAGAGAUUCUGCUGGAUUCUGUGCAAAAUCAAAGUUCAGAAAGACACACGUGUAUUGUUAUAUCGAUUCCUGGGUUAAAUGAUUGGGCAAAGGAAAAGAAGAAACAGUUGCAUCGUUUGAAUGCAAGAGUAAAAGAUAGUCAUAAAAGAAAUUUAGACCAAAAUGAUGAUAAGACAGUGGAAUAUUUUGAGCCAAUUCAAAAAAAAGAAAGAAUUCCAUCGAUCCAGAGUAGUGAAAAAAUGGAUACUAACGAACAUAAUUUAGAAGAAGAUUGUAUACUUUCAAAAGAAUAUAUAUUAAAUUUUCCAAUUCCCAUAGAUGAUGGCAAAGCGUGUAUAGUAAAGACAUACGAAGAUACAUCUUUGAAACUAAAUGAAAUUAUUGAAGUAGUAGGUUUCAUAUCUUUGGAUCCUUUUUUAAGUACUAUUUACGAUGGAGAAGAUGAGACUAUGACAAAAGCUGAAAUGAAUGUUCAUCACCCACCUGCUUCUCUGGUUCCUAGGUUACAUGCUAUAAAAAUAAUCCACUUACAUGAACAAACAGUAGAAAAUGCUCCCCAAAUAAUGUCUAAAGCAGAAUUGAUAAAAAACGAUCUUCAUUUGGUUUUAAGUCAACUUUUGUUUGGAGAUCACUUGGCUGCUGAUUAUUUAAUCUGUCACUUACUUUCAUCAGUUUAUACAAGACGGGAUUACUUUUGUCUUGGUAAUUAUCCAUUAAAUAUAACACAUUUUCCUGCGAUGAAAUAUACAUCGUUUACAAAGGAUUUGUAUAAAUUUUUAACGUUAUUUACCGAAAAAAGUCAUUUCCUGGAAAUUACUUUAGACACUUUAAACGAUUUAGCACUAUCGCCAAAAAAAGAUUACGAGUGUAACAGGCUAACUAGCGGAGUGCUUCAACUUAGCGAUAAUACUCAUCUGGUGAUAGAUGAAACUGGGUUAACUACUGGUCAAAUUACAGAGACAGGGCGUGAAAAUUACAAUGCUAUUUAUAAUUUAGUUAAUUUUCAACGAGUUACAUAUGACUUUAAAUUCUAUAAAAUGGAGUAUGAUAGUGAUAUUCCAGUUUUGAUUUUAUCAGAAGCCAAAUCUUUUAUUCCGUGUCAAAAUCAAGUUGUUUUGAAAAUCGAUUCGGAAUCAGAGAGUGUAUAUCCUGAAAUAAACGAAAUUGCGGAGCAGUAUUUAAAGAAUGAAAAUCGACUUACAAAUAUUCGAUCAUAUUUAGCAGCUGUACGAAAGACGAAAUUUGAAUUCAACGAGGGUGUUACAAAGGACAUUCAAAAUGACUUUAUACAAUUGAGACAAACAUAUAAGGCUGUAAGCAGUGAUCAUUUGCACGCAUUAAUGAUACUUGCCAGAUUAUUAUCAUUAUCAUAUGGAUCGAACACUUUGAAUAGAGAAUAUUGGAAAGAAGCCGUUCGAAUGGAGAUGGAACGAUUAAGCAGAUUACCAGAAAAAAGGCAGACUUAACUCGUAAUCAGUUUUAAAGAAAUGGAAAUAGCAAAUCACUUUUUGAUCGUCUAUUCUUAGAAAAUAUUUCCGGUUAGAAAUAUUUUGAAGAAUUUCUCAUUGUCGGUUAAAAUGUAUAAAACAUUAUGAAGCGUGUACUUAUGUACAUUAUUUGAACAGAGGUGAUUUUUGAAACUACGUUCAAUUUAAAAGAAAAAGUGUUGUAUCGAUGGAAAAGAUUGUCAUUUCUUUGAGCGAGAAUUAAGCGUUCUAUUCUUUCCUAUGUCACAUACCUACAAUUAAAAUCAAAGCUCUAAAACAGUUUCUACACCAUA